AGAGUAAAAAUGAACCCUAAACUGUUUGCUUUUAAUGUUUAAGACCCCCACAUCAGUGUGCAUGGAACCGUGUUCUUCUGGUCACCGAAGAGCUCAUCAGAAUGGGAGGCCAAAAUGUUGCUUUGACUGUAUUCCCUGCUCUGAAGGGGAAAUUUCAAAUUAUACAGAUGUGGAAAGCUGUGUAAAAUGUGCUGAAGACCAAUGGCCGAAUCCAGCUAGGGAUCAGUGCAUUAAGAGAGUCAUUGACUUCCUGUCCUAUGGAGAUCUCUUAGGAUAUAUACUGUCUGGAUGUGCUUCAGUCUUUAUUGUUUUGACUGCUGCAGUGUGUUUGGUCUUUAUAAAACACAGAAGGACUCCUAUAGUUCGUGCCAAUAAUCAGAACAUCAGCUACAUCCUACUUAUGGCUCUUCUGAUGUCCUUCCUUUGCUCUUUCAUCUUUAUUGGACAACCUACUGGGGUUACCUGCAUGCUGAGACAGACCACGUUUGUGUUUGUCUUCUCUGUUGCUAUUUCUUCAGUUUUAGGAAAAACAAUAAUGGUUUUAAUUGCUUUUAAAGCCACAAAAAUAGAAAAGAUGUUUAGAAUGUUGGGAAGAAUGAACAUUUCAGUGGGAGUGGUUUUUAUUUGCUCAUUUGGGGAAUUUGUAUUAUGUGUAAUUUGGCUAAUAUUAAAUCCACCACAUGUAGAGUCUGAUAAUAAAACUGUACCAGGAAAAACAAUUCUACAAUGUAAUGAAGGUUCAAUCAUAAGUUUCUAUCUGGCGGUUUCAUACAUUGGUGUAUUAUCCCUUAUUAGCUUUGCUGUCGCUUUCAUUGCUCGCAAGUUACCAGACCGUUUCAAUGAGGCGCAGCACAUCACCUUCAGCAUGCUGGUGUUCUGCAGUGUCUGGGCCUCCUUCAUCCCAACAUACCUGAGCACCAAAGGCAAACACAUGGUUGCAGUGGAGAUAUUUGCCAUCCAGGCCUCUGCAGCAGGACUGUUAUUGUGUAUAUUUACUCCAAAAUGCUACAUUAUUUUGCUAAAACCAGACCUCAAUGUUAAAGGAAAGCCUACUGCUAAAAUACAGUCUGAAGGCAAGGGCAACUAA